ACGGACAGACGGACGGACGGGGUGAGAGGAUGUGAAGAUGGCGGAGCUGCAGAUGCUGCUGGAGGAGGAGAUCCCGGGGGGGCGCCGGGCCCUGUUCGACAGCUACACGAACCUGGAGCGGGUGGCCGAGUACUGCGAGACCAACUACAUCCAGUCAGCAGAUAAGCAGCGAGCCCUGGAAGAAACCAAAGCCUACACAACGCAGUCAUUAGCAAGCGUAGCCUAUCUGAUCAACACUUUGGCCAACAAUGUUCUCCAAAUGCUGGAUAUCCAGGCAUCCCAACUUCGACGCAUGGAAUCUUCCAUCAACCAUAUUUCACAAACGGUGGACAUUCACAAAGAAAAAGUUGCUAGAAGAGAAAUUGGUAUCUUGACUACAAACAAAAACACCUCAAGAACUCACAAAAUCAUUGCACCAGCUAACUUGGAGCGACCAGUUCGCUACAUCAGGAAACCUAUUGAUUAUACAAUUCUAGAUGAUAUUGGACAUGGAGUGAAGUGGUUGCUUAGAUUUAAGGUCAGCACACAGAAUAUGAAGAUGGGUGGGCUGCCUCGUACAACACCACCCACCCAGAAGCCACCAAGUCCACCAAUGUCAGGAAAAGGAACUAUUGGGCGUCACUCUCCCUAUCGUACAUUGGAGCCAGUACGUCCUCCGGUGGUACCAAAUGACUAUGUGCCUAGCCCAACGCGCAAUAUGGCUCCCUCACAACAGAGCCCUGUUAGAACAGCUUCUGUGAAUCAGAGGAAUCGCACAUACAGCAGCAGUGGGAGUAGUGGAGGAAGCCACCCAAGUAGUCGAAGCAGCAGUCGAGAGAACAGUGGAAGUGGAAGUGUGGGUGUUCCUAUUGCUGUUCCCACACCAUCUCCUCCCAGUGUCUAUCCAGCCCCUGCUGGCUCGGCUGGCACUUCUCCCCUUCCUGCUACCUCUGCUCCUGCCCCCACUCCUCCUGCCCCUUCCUCUGCUGCCCCAGAUGCUGCUGCUGCUGCAGGAGCGCAGCCCCUUGCUGAUGGCUUCACCUCUCCAACUCCCCCUGCUGUUUCUUCCACACCCUCUACAGGUCACCCAGUUCAGUUCUACAGCAUGAACAGGCCUGCAUCUCGACACACACCCCCAACAAUAGGGGGAUCUUUGCCAUAUCGGCGUCCUCCUUCGAUCACAUCACAGACCAGCCUUCAAAACCAGAUGAAUGGAGGACCAUUUUAUAACCAGAACCCAGCAUCCCUUGCUCCUCCUCCCCCCUCCAUCCUACAGGUAACUCCACAGUUACCACUAAUGGGAUUUGUGGCCAGAGUUCAAGAAAACAUUUCAGAUGCUCCUCCCCCUCCACCGCCUGUGGAUGAGCCAGUGUUCGAUGAAUCUCCACCUCCACCCCCACCUCCAGAGGAUUAUGAAGAGGAGGAAGCAGCUGUGGUGGAGUACAGUGAUCCAUAUGCUGAAGAGGACCCUCCUUGGGCACCGAGGACCUACUUAGAAAAGGUGGUGGCGAUCUACGACUACACAAAGGACAAAGAAGAUGAGCUCUCGUUUCAGGAAGGUGCCAUCAUUUAUGUCAUUAAGAAAAAUGAUGACGGCUGGUAUGAGGGGGUCAUGAAUGGAGUGACUGGGCUUUUCCCAGGGAACUAUGUGGAGUCAAUCAUGCAUUACUCAGAGUGAAGACUAGAGGACGGAAUACUGCAUCUCCUGCUGCAGGAGCUGUCAGGGCUUCCCACAUCUCCACCAGCCUCUGGGGGCCCCCAUCCAGUGUGACUGAAUGAAGGAGAACUAUAACAACCACUCUUUUUUUUUUUUUUUUCUUUUUUUUUUUGGUCAUUCUAAACAAUAGUGAUUUGAGUUGUUUGAACAAAUGGCUCUUCCGGCUGCCAGCAGAAGCCCAUCUGACAUUUCACUGAGCAGACCCAUUCAGAUGUAACAAACUCAUUGAGUAGCUGAUACUUCAGUUGAAUUCUGACUUCUUCUGACAGGCUUUGGGAUCUGCUUCAGGAAUCCUGCGUGACCUCACGGUACUACUGUUGGCAGCAGUGCCUGGCGCUUGGGAUGUCCUGAAAGCUUGCGAUGAAGGGUUACUGGCUGGUGGACAUCCCUCCUGUUUCUACACUUACACUCCUGUGCAGCUGGAAGAACAGUUGUGUGCUAGAAAGCAUUGGGAUUUCUGCACAGAGCCAUUCCUGUAACUGACUUCCAGAUAGCUGGAUACAUCUUUAGCAUAAACACUUCUGCAGCUGCUCUGCACAUGUAGGCUGACACGGGCACACAGAGCUGGCUUUCAUUCGCUCACCUUUCCGUUUAGACAAUUAAGAUGGCUGCAGCCCAGAGGACCCCCACCCCUGUUCCCUCAUCUUUUGAAUGCCACAGAUUUUUUUUUUUUGUGUUCUGCACUGAUGUAAAUGUGCUCCUCUCCGCAGCGAGCUACUUGCCAUGGGUGCUGCUGGUUUAAACAGAACUCACAGAUGCCGUUGAUGGUGAAGGCGAAACAAAGUUUACAGGUCCUCCUGGGGUCUGAGGAUAAACUCUAGGGGCUGUGAUCUGUGGUUCACAUCUGCUCACGCCUGCUUGCACUAGAGAAACUUACCCCCAGCUUUAGUCUUAUGCACAAUAUAAUCUUAAAAAUCCAAUCAGGUAUUGUAAAAUCGGCUAUUUUGUACUUGAUGACUAGAUUUGCAUAUGUACUGUGAGAGCCCUUUGCAGAGGCAGGAUAAACGGCAAUUGUCGUCUUCGUGUCUGUUGCCAAAAAUCUCUUCAGUGGAAGUAAAAAGGGCUGUUGUGUGUACUGGUUUCCCAUGGAAAUCCAAGCAGUAACUAGUAGUAGUCCUAUCUCUUCCCCCAGCCCCCUCCAUUGUUGUUAUAAAGAAAUAGAUACUUCGAGCUGUAGUGGUGGAUCUGGGGUGGAGAAAUACAAAGUGAAGGCUGUGUAGCCCCUUGUGUUGAGUUUGCUUUUUAGUCUCAGUUAAAAAUGCUGCUCAGUGAUUCUGCUUAGCAGAUCCGUGUUAAGUGAUGGCUGUACUAGUCUGCCCUUAGGAAGGACUAAAGGGUAUCUUUGGGUAAAUGUUAUGCAUUAACAGAGUGAACUGAUUAAAGCUCCUGUUGCAGUCCCGUUAGCCUGCAAAUUGAGCAAACCCCUGUAUGGGCAUCCUCCUGGACAAGUUUUGACUGUUGCCUGGCCAAGUUCCAGCUGAUACUGGCACUAGUCUGUCAAAGCGAGACAGUGCCGCAGCUCUCUUCUGAGGCCUUUGUGUAAAACAGAGCUGUGCGCAGGAGAGCAGUGCUGGGGUGGGGUUUGUGAUGGUGUAGGUAGUGAUACGGGUUGUUGACUCAAUCCACUGGCUUGGUAAUUAGUGCAAUAUCAGGAUGGAGGUGGAGGUUUGGUGCACACCUGGGCAGGGAUGUGCCAUAGCUGCUCGAGGGGGAAGGAGGAAACAAACAUGUGAGUUGUGUUUGUGGGACUGGGAUGGAUUUGAGCACCUGCUGUGAGCUUGCUGAAGAGUGCAUUAACUCCUGUGAUAGUGCAGAAGGAACUAGUUUGCUUGAAGCCUGCAGGAGGUACAGCUUAGAAGAAACCGGUACAAAGGCAGAAGUUACUUUCUCCCCUGCUCGGUCCACAGCUGUGUAGCCAAGACACUGUGGUCUUUCUGGAAGUUGACAGCAUUAUUGUUUGGGAUAAGUGUUAGCCAGAACAGAUACCCUUCUACCUUCCUCUGUGAAAAUUUCUGUCUCACAGUCAGACUAACAGAAGCAGCCAUGUUCAGUUCCCUCAGCCUAUCAGUUCUCUGGGAGCAAUCCUAGGAACCACUGGUUGUGCAGUCACAGGAAGGACUGUUUCUAGCGUCAGAAGGCGGGUCUACACUUUUUGCACAAGGACAUGGUGCUUGCAGCCUGGCUGGUGGCCCCAGUGAUGGAACAGCAGUAUUACACAAGCCUUUGGUGCUUGCAGAGUAGCUGUGCUUUCCAGGAGCUUUUCAGUUUUUCUUGCCCUGAGAGUGUUUGUGGUAAAGACUGAGCACGCAGAGCUCAAAUGCUUCAAGUUAUGGCAUUUGAAUGAGUUACUAAAUGAGAGCUGAACCUCACUUCCUGUGCACCCAUGCUCCAGCUGGGAGGUCAUGCAUUAGUGAGAUGUGUCUUUAACUCAGUCUGUGUAAGCGCAUGCGCUUGAAUGCUUCUGACGGGUGAGUGAGGAUAGCGUGUACUUACACCGUGUGUGAUACACAGCUGUGUCCUUCAUUCAGCUGGUGGUUCAUCUUGCAAGAUUUCUGUGUUGGGAGGACAGAGCAGUGUGAACUCUGGGAAGUGCUGAAUGCUUGCCAGAGCUCAGCACAGAUGAGGCCUCAAAACCUUGAAAGUGGAAUGUGUGAAGCUCCUUAAAGAACUGGCUUUGUUCUGAUGAGCCAGGGGUUAGGGUCCCUGCUCAUAGCACGUGGAAUUGUUUAUCCUGCAAGAGCUGCUGUGGAUGGAAUUUUUGGUUCACCUCCUGCUGGUUUUAUGCUUUAUUACGCAGUACUAAUGUAAAGAAAUUUGUUGAGUUUUAUGCGUAUUUUUUAUUUUGUACAGACUUUCAUUCUGUGGCUUGUUUGGGGAUGAUGGGAUGUAAUGGUCAUCGACCAGGCCAAGGUAAAUAGGCUUUGUAUAUUAAUGUUACAUAGAUUGCAUGCUAGUAAAGUCAGUGAGGGUUGUGUUUCCAGUUUUGUCCCUUGUACUUCUCCUUCUCCAAAACAAAUAUCCCCCCCAUUUUAAUUUAAGUGUUUGCUUUAAAAAGGGGGUGGAGUAUGGAAGGGGCGAGGAGAACAGAGAAACACCUCAGUAUUUCCAACAGGUGCACAGCAUCUCUUCAAUGAAUUCUCAUGCCACAGCUGAAGGUGUUCAGCAGCACAGACUGUUGAAUCAGCAGUGUGUAGGCAUGAAAGAGACUUGGGGGAUGGGGGACGGGGAAGGAGGGGAAGGAGACACUUCAGAAUAGCCCACAGUGUGGUAUGGCCUAAAUGAAUGUUUCUGCUUUUGUGAGAGCUGCCUUAGCCCAGCCAGGUGUUGUCACUGUGCACAGAAAUUGGUCAGCAUCCUCUAGUGGUGUAUUUUGCCUUGGUUUGCUGCAUCAGAGAUAUUCUCUUUUGCUUUUGGUCCAAGGGACAAAGCUAUUAACUACAGCAGCCUCUGCCACAUCUCUGCAUGAGAGGUCUGACUGAGUCUGGCCCCAUCUAGUGCCCAAGCAGGUUAUUUUUCUGGUGCCUUCUUUCUAGACUGAGGGAUGGCUGAGGUUGCAUGUGUCUUGCUUGUUAUAUUCCCCCCCCCCCCGCUUUUUUUUCCCCCUUUCCCCCUAUGAUGGAUUAAUGUUCUUUGUUUCUCCCUGGCUGUGGCAGCAGAGGGCUGAGCAGAGCAGGAGCAAAUUUUGCACUCGAGUGUCCCAAUAGUGCACCCACUGGCUGGAGUAGGCAGCAGCGAGCCAAAACAAUGCCUGAAGACUUGCUGGCCUGACUGGUUACACAGAGGCAGACACUGGUGCACUGGAGAGCCAUUGCUUCCACUGGAGGACAAGUGUAGCAUGGCCCCAGUGCAGAUGGCAGAGCUUGCUUUUUGUUAACAAGAGGCAAACCAUGUUCCUGGGACUCAGCUAGGCCUUGCAGUUAGUUAAGUUGGGCGUUUCUGAAAGUAGCUGGAGAUAGCUGCUAGUUUGAACUGUACCUGGGCAUUUUCUUUCUUUGCUGCUGAAGGUUCUUGGUGACAGCUGAAGUUGAGGUUGGCAGUGAUGCAGCUCCUGAAGUUACACUUCUUUUAUCUUGGGUGUUUCAGUUGAUCGUGAAAAGAAAGUGAGGCAGCAGCAAGACCAGUGCUCCUUUUCUGGCAGAGGAUUGGCUGCCUGCCUGGUGUUUAUGCAUGUGGUGUUGACUAGAGGCGGAGGAGGGCUGUGCAAGGAUACAAACUAUUGUGAUUCUGUAGUGUCUCCUACCUGUGCUUGAAGGUGACUUCAUGCUGUGCUCUUCCAGCAACUUCCACCAGUUCCUAGCAAGCACUGCAGAUGUUCCUCUGCCAGAAAUGAGCUUUCUUUUUAUAAUUUAUGUCUCUGGGCUUCAGGAAUAAAGCAAAACUUCCAUGUUUUCCUUUCUGCAAGGAUGAGUCUUUAUGUGGGGUAGUAUUUACAGGGCUUCUCCUCCUGGAGGGACGACAGGACAUCUUGUGAAACAGGUGUUUGUUCUCUGCAGAACAACUUGUUGGAUGCUGUUCCAGGAUGCUGUUGGAAAGACCAUGUUGCCGUGGCUCCUGUUCGGAGCAGUACUUGCAUAGAGAGUCAGCGUGACUGGCUGAGCACUGUAGCAUUUCAGGAAGCAUUACAGACCCCAGAGACUUCAGUUCCUAUGUUGACAAUAGCGGCAGUGACAAACUGUUGCAUUCACUACAGCAAGUAUUUAUAGCCCUAGAGAAGAUGGUGCUGUAAAUGAAGCACUUGCAGCUGGAUGAUGGGCUAUAGUUUGUGAGGUGCCACGUUCAAGGAUUUAUUGUGCUUUACAGGUAUAUUCACCUUCCCCACCUUUUUGCACCAAGCAG